AUGACUCGCACCUUCUUCGUCGGCGGCAACUGGAAGUGCAAUAGCACCGUCAAGUCCAUUACGGAGCUCUGCGCCUCGUGGAAGGAGUCCACAGACAAUGGCGCCAAGUACAGUGGCAAGCCAGUUGAGAUCGUGAUCGCCCCCCCUUCGAUCUACGCUCAGACUGCCAAGGAUGCUCUCCCUGCUAACUUCCAAGUGUCCCUACAGGAUUGCUACAGCAGCACCGGAGCCUUCACCGGCGAGAUCGCCGCCGACAUGAUCGUCGAUAUGGGAAUCCCAUGGGUGAUCACCGGACAUUCCGAACGCCGCACCAUUUUCAAGGAGACGGAUGAAGUUGUUGCGACUAAGACGGCAUACGCCAUUUCCAAGGGCCUCUCCGUUAUAGCUUGCAUCGGCGAACUGCUCGAAGAGCGCGAGGCAGGGAAGACUCUUGAGGUCAACGAGCGCCAGCUCUCCGCCAUUGCCGCCACCGUCACAGACUGGAGCAAGGUAGUUAUUGCCUACGAGCCGGUCUGGGCCAUUGGAACCGGAAAGGUUGCUACCCCGGAGCAGGCCCAAGAAGUCCACGCCGCCCUUCGCGCAUGGCUCUCCACCAACGUCAACCCGGAAGUGGCUGAAUCCACUCGCAUCAUUUACGGUGGUUCUGUCAAGCCAGCCAACGCUAACGAACUUGCUGGCCAGGCUGACAUCGACGGCUUUCUUGUAGGAGGAGCCUCUCUCAAGCCUGACUUCAUCUCGGUAAUUGACUCCUACGCAGUGUAAAAUUCGGACAUUCACUUACGCAUGAAACCCUAGAACAGUCUUCAAAGUAAAUCCAGGGGAGCGCUUCUCUCGCAAGUUUUGAACACAGUCACGCAUAGCCAUCUUCGGUCGCAGGUAUCGAGGCUUUCACACUCCAUUGUGUGAGGUGGACAAAACAUUGAUGGAAAAAUCGAAAAAA